UAGUGCAUUCACUUCAGAAGUUUCCUCUAGUCGAGCAAGCUCUGUGGCUAGUUCCAUGGCUGGAUGCAGCAGCCUGGAAUUUCUUGAUGCUGGUCAACCCCUCCUGAUCCCUGUUCCUGUGAGCAUCAGCAAGUAUGGGCCUGUUGAUCAGUGGAAGAAAGUCUACAGGUAUCCUCAUCAUGCCGUGAGUACUUCUUCUGAGCAAAUGUCAUACCUUGAGAGCGAGGGAGAUGCAUCCACAGUCUCACCUCAAGACAAUUUGCCUCCAGCUUUCUCAAAGCUACACACUCAGAGGAGACAAUCAGGAACUAAAAGAUCCGAUAUUGAUGCUAAGUUUAGCAAAAACACUCUAGCUGGUGAUAACUCUAAAUGUUCUACCAGUUCUGCUUCUGCAACCGACUUGUUCAAGGGACAAUGGGACAAUUCCAGCAGCAAUUCCUGUGUAUCUGAACACAAAAGUACCUUCAGUCUAGGUUUUCAGCAGCAAUCCUCUGAAUUUCAAACUCCAGUGACAACUGUGCGUCACUUCAUUCCUCAUAGAGCUGCAUCUGAGAUUUCCACUGUGUCUGAUCUCGGGGUAUAUGAAUUUGAGCAUUCCCGGAUACACCGGCUUUUCUGUGGAUCUCCAAGCAUUGUGGAUGAGUGCCGACAAUCGACCAGUUCCCUCACAGCUGUUGCUCAGAUCCAUGAUUCUGAGAGCUGCGCUCCCAAGAAACGUUUUAAUAGAACAUCAAAAUUUAGAAACAAUCAAGAAAUUCACUCCAAUGUUGAACUUCAUGCCUUGCAAGUAUAUUUAUCUGAAGUUCAAAAUGAAAGGGAUUUUUACUUCUCCAAGUAUAAUGAUCUGAAGAGCAGCAUGUCUGGUUUUCCUGAAUUGUCGAAUGAAACCCAACUUGAUGGAGAAGAGAACAAGGAUUCAGACUGCCGAAUAGCUUCUGAGGCGAAGAACUUGGGUUUGUGUAACAAAUGCCAGAUACAUGAAAAACGCACCCAGGAGCUUUCUGAUGACCUUGCUGCCAAGACUAAAGAAGUGAUUGAACUUUUAACUGUGAAUAAGAAACUUGCAAACGUCAACAAGGUGUAUGAAUAUGAGAGAAUUUCUCAUGCUGCUGAGAGGGAGCAGCUUAUUGGUAAAUUAGAAAGUAUCUACCAAUGGCAAGCGUGGGUUAGUGACGAGCUGGAAAAUAGUCAAAAGACGCGAGUUCAACUUCAAAAAGAAUUGUUGAGCACCAAGGAGCGUCUGCUUUUAACUGCCUCGGAGCUUGACGCCCGCCGAGAACUUGCUGAAUCUCUCGCAUCUCAGUUGCAAAAUGAGGGGACAAGGGCUUGUGAAUCUCGAAGUUUUUCCACUUCGCUAGUAACUAGGACCAAGUUAGACAUCCUCGACCCGAGAAAUAUAGUCGAUGAGAGCUCAAUCGCCAAAGAAGCCCAAAACUUGACGUCCACUGUUCAUACAGAAAACUUUUUGUAUCAGAAAGACCGUGAGGGGCUUGACCAGGCUCUUCUAGACUUGCAAGAAAUGAAGAGAAGACUUGAUGCAAAAAACGAUCAACUUGCUCAGCUUGAAUUGCUUCUGUCUGAGUCAAGGAAAGAGUCCAUCAAAAUGCAAGAAUUAGUCAUGGAUAAAGACAUUCGUUUGGAUGAUUUAGUUAAUCAAGUUAAUGAAAAAAAUGCAAUGAUAACUCAUUUGAAUCGAGAACUGAUCAAAAGAGAAGCUGACAUGCGGGACAUCCAUCUAGAAAGACAUAGUUUAGAUCUGAAAACCUCCUGUGGUAUGUCCGAACACCUCGAAAUUGCUCACGCAGCUUGUGGCCUGAAAGAAGACCACAUUCCGCUGACGUCGACACAGGACUGCAUGGACGGGUUGUCUAAUAACCAAACCGUUGAAACGUUCAGAUCUCAGGUGAAAAAUUCAGAUGAUGUAGAGCCUGUUGAGGAUGUCAAUGCACUGCACGCAACCAUUCCUCGAAUUACCGAACCGUCCGAGGAUUGCUCUUCUCAAGUCUCUCAGAGCGUUCUAUCCGUAGCCGGAGCUGUUGAAGGUACUGUACCUAAAGUUGAUAUAAACACAGACUGGUCUUACGAGCAACUUUCUCUAGUCAAACUUCUACAGAGUCAUCAAGUCCUGCCUAUAGAUGCAAAUGUUUUCCGAACUCAUUUCAACGUUGCGACGGAGAGUUUGUUGAACCUGGUAUCUUCAUUGCUUAAAAGUCAGUCUCGGUCUGACGAGUUACUGAGAGAAUUGACGAGUGCGACGCUUGAGCGAGAUCAGUACCACAAUAAGUGCCUUGAAUUGCAAAAAUUGCUGGAUGCAAUUCCCCAGCGAGACACUGAUCUAGCUUUUGGCCAUUUUUUGCCCACUAAUGGGCCUCUUUUGUCCCAGGUGAACCAUAAUAAACAUAUUUCGGGUGAUGUUGUUCUUGACGCCGACAGUGGUAGCAGAAACUGUUCGUAUGGUAUUGAGGGACACACGCCUAGUAUAAACAACUCGUUUUCGAAUUCCAUGGAAAAAAAUUCCACUUGUAUCUCACAUCAGUGUGGUCUUGCCAGCGUACUAAGUGAGGUGCGUCAAAAGCUUAUCGUGGCAUCAGAGACGAUAAGUGUUAAGGAAGAACAUAUCUACAGUCUGAAAUCUCAUCUUAAAGAACAGGGAGAGAGACUGAGGAAUGUCCUGCACGAGUUGUCAGUAACGCAGGCUCAACUGGAGAAACAAACAGAACUUGCUGGGUCGGAGGAGUCUUCUGAACUAAUUCACUCCAUAUCUAGUGACAUUGAUCUGUUGAUGCAGUCGCUCGACCCCACAAGCGGCAUCGGAGAAAAUUUUUCUUUCGGUAGAAUUCCGUUUAAAAACUCGUCUGUAUUAAAACUUUAUGAACGCUUCGGCGUUCUUCAGCAGUCGGUGACGCAUCUACGGUGUUUGAAACCCAAGCUUUUGGAGUUGAGAAAUUUUAUGCUAUCAGCAGUAGGCAAUGAAGCUGACCAAAAUCUGUUGCUUAACUCAUCCGAUGACGACAUAGUAAAGCUUGUUUUAGAUAUUGUAGAAAAUUCACCUAGCCUGAAUAAAAGAUGGAGAGCCUUAGAAGAAACUGCCGAACGUUCAUGCAAACUUUCGGAGCGCCUAACCGUGGUAGAACACGAACUUAAAGCAAGUGAAGAUUGCAAGAGGAAGCUCGAGUCCAGAAUUCAGGAAUUGGAACAUCAAGACUGCAUACAUGGCCUAAAAUCUUCGAGUUCACCGUCUGUGAAUCGUAAAAUUCAUAGACAUGUUGAUGGAGUUGAGCCUCAAAAUUACACACUGCGUAUGAGUAAGUUAGAACGGAGCUCUGUUGAACCGCACACAACAGAAGAGAGCCUAGAAGAAAGUUCGAGGAAAGUUUCUAAGAUUGAACGAGCCCAGGAAAAUCAUGGAGAAGGUGCACAAUGUUUGCAUGUCCGCCUCUUGCAAACUCCUAAUGAGGAAAUAGGAAGAGACAGUAAAAAAAUUACCGCGCUGGAAAAGACCCCCAAAAAUGCUGCUGUGGCCGAUGAAAAAUAUUCUCAAUCCAGUGCACACGACGCACACCUAGUAAGAAGAGAAAGGCAAAACAUUACCAACGAGCAGUUGACAGAACAAGUGAAGCACAUGACGGAACAAGUCAGGCAACUCGAAUAUAACAACGGGCAGCUGACGGAACAAGUGAAGCAGCUCGAAGGCAACAACGGGCAGCUGACGGAACAAGUGAAGCAGCUCGAAGGCAACAACGGGCAGCUGACGGAACAAGUGAAGCUGCUCGAAGGCAACAACGGGCAGCUGACCGAACAAGUGAAGCAGCUCGAAGGCAACAACGGGCAGCUGACCGAACAAGUAAAUCAGAUGACGGAACAAAGAAAGCAGCUUGAAGUUGGUAAAUUUCAACUUUUUGAUCAGUUACAAAGUUUAAAUAAAUUGAAGAUUGAUUUUGAUGCUCAAACAGAGUCUCUGUUGGGCGAGAAGCAAGAACUGAACCUUGAGAUAAAACAACUGCGCAACGAAAAUUCAUAUCUUAGCGAGGAAAUCCUUUCACUUCAGAGCAAGCUUUCUGAUUCAGUUGACCAAAGGAAUGAAAUGUUGAAGCAGAAAGAAAUACUUGAGUCCAGGAUGGAUGAAAUAGAACGUCAGCUUGAGGUUCUGGCGACCAGCGAGUGCGCUCUACGCGCCCAGAACAAGAAACUAAUCGAGAGCCUCGAAGCUGCCAAUCGUACGCAAGAAACGCAUGACGAUCUUUGUAGUGAAAAUUUGAGCCUAAGAAACGAUGUCUUGAAUUUGAACAUUACUCUUGAUAAUAUUAAGAAACAACUCGAGAAUGUUGAAGAUUCUAACGCUCGGUUAAUGGGCGAUUUAGCCCGGGUUAAAAAAGAAAAUAUUACAUCACAAGAAAAGGUAAAGGGACUGCAAAAUGCCAAUUUUGAACUCGUCAAGCAACUGAAGAAUCUAGAGGACGAAAGCUCGAAAAAUUCCGAUUGGGAGAAGGUCAUUGAUGAUGGGAAACGCGCGCAUGCCACCGAACUGAUGGAAAGAGAUGCGAUUGUUGAGGACCUCAGUGAGAGACUGUGCAGAGCUCAGCAGGAAGAGAAUAUCAGUGCAGGUCUUGUCGAACUCACGGCCAACCCAGAGAACAACUCCGUUGCCAGUUCGGAACUCGAACUCAGUGGCUUGAAGGACAAGCUUCUGAGUUUUCAAGAAGCCAAGCUUACCCUUGAAGUUCUCGUGGAUGAGCAAAAUGAGCCUCUUGACUUCCCAGGACUAGUUGCCAGUGUUGUUAAUAGUUACCGAGAAAACUUGAAGCUUGUGGAUGUGCUUAAAAAGUCAGAAGAACAGCUGAGGUUACAAGUUGCCGGACUUGAAACACGGAACAUCGAGCUCACAAAGCUGAUCGAGGAACAUAAAAACCGAGAAUCUGAGUUCGAAAAGGAAAUGGAAAAGUGGGAGCUUGAAAAAUGUAACAUAAACGCCAAUGUCGAGCAACUCGAAACAAUCGAGACGGAUCACAAGAAUCUCAUUGAAGGUUUGCGGGACAAAAAUCAUGAAUUGAUUAGAGAAAUGCGACAUGUGCAACGUCGGAAAACUGAACUCGAAAAUAAAGUUGAAGACCUUCAAAAUAAAGUAGAAGAACUAACGAUAAAAUUAGAGCGGCACGAAGACCGCGAGGCAAAGCUUGUGAAGCAAAUAGACGAGCUACGUCAAGACAGGGACGAUAUGUCCACAAAGGUUGACCAAUAUCACAGCCUAGAGAAUGAUCGCCAAAAUCAGGUAGAAAAGCUUGAAAACAGAAUCUUUGAGCUGACGGACGACAUUGAGCGGUAUCAGCUCCGUAAUAAUGAACUUGUUAAUCUGAUGGAAGGGCUGCAGAAUAACAAAGACGAAUUAUCACGCGAUAUUGAACGGCACCUGGAACGUGAGGCUGAACUCACAACUCAGAUUGAGCAUCUUGAGAAUUGUCGGGAUAAAAUAUCUGAAGAACUUGAUCGACACCGAAACCACGAGUUGGAACUUAAGCAUCAGAUCGGCAGGCUUGAAGUGUGUAAAAAUGAACUAUCAGAAGAGAUCAUGGUAUACCAAGCGCUCGAGAGAGACCUAUCAAAUGAGCUCGAGAAACUUCAGAGGGAAAACAGCGAGCUCUUGAAUGACAAUGAACGACUAAGAAGUCACGAGUCUGAACUCGUGGGCCAACUACGCGAGCUUCGAGGCGCUAGGGUGGAGAUGUCACUUGCGUUCAACGGACGCCAAAGUCGUCAGGCCGAAAACGAGGAUUUCGCUGAGGAAGAGCCUAGUGAUUGUGAUGAAUUUGUGCAGGAAAUGGCGCGAUGUCAAAGCCCUGAAGACAAUUUCGCCAAAGAGUUGGCUCAGCUCCGACUCAGUGAUGAAAAACAAACCCAGUUUCAUAUAGAAGAAUCCGAAUUAGAUAAAAUAAACUUAUAUGAAGAAAUCAAAAGAUUAAAAGAUCGAGAGAUUGAGCUUACAAAUCAGUUAGCAACUCUGCAAGCUGUCAACGAUGAACUAUCGAGUUCAGUAGAAGCGGAUGGGCAUCGCCAGCUUCACGAUGAGCGUACGCGCUGCGCACGCUGCGCAGAACAAACGAAGUUGAUUGAGCAGCUCCGGAAGAAGGAGCGUCAGUUGUGCAAGGAUGUCGAUGACCUCUUGAAACUCAAGUGUAAUGCGGAGUUGCAAUCUGAAGAACUUUCUACUCGAGAGUUAGAGUGUAGGAAAGAACUCGAUGAAAUUCGUGAUUGUUACGAAAGAACAUUGAAAAAUACGAAAGAAAAUGACAUAAGAAUUUGUGAAUUAGAGAAACAAAUUGAAGAUCUUCAACGUUCAAAAGAGUUGCUUGUUCAAGAUGUUGAAAGCCGUAUAAGCCGUGAAGCAGAACUUGUAGAGCAGGUAAACGCUCUGAUCGAAGUCCGGCCUGAACUACGGGACCAGCAGGGAGCUGUAAAAAAUUGCAGCAAAGGGAGAGAUAUUUCUGAGUCCGUAUAUGCAAAUGGCGUUCUCAGCCUCACAAAUAACUCACCGCAUCUUCCUAAAGUGAAUGAAGUCUUUAUAAACGAACUACACGGUAAUUUGAACGUAUCUCAGCGCGUGCCUUCUAAGUUAAGCUUACUCCGUGAUGCGCCCAACACGAAGCGCCCAGCCAAUGAAAUAUCAGGAAAGUUCAACCUAAUUAGCAAGCAGUCGAUGAACCAAGUCAUGAAUCCUCGUGCGUCGUGGGUAUCAGAGGUUCCAGAAGGACGGCCUGAUGACCGAAUACCAGAAGAUGACCGCGAUAUUCUAACGACGAAUGUCGCUCAAGUUGAUGAACAGAAUUCCUGUGGGUCUGAUCACGUCGACGGGGCUGUCCAUGUUGACAAGCAAGCGAUCGUUCUGUCAGAGUCGACUUCAAAACUAUACCGCGAACUAACUGUGCUUAGAGCGAUAAAUGCAGAACUUAGCAGGAAAUUAGAAGAAGUCGAGUCGCAUACUAAUGACGUUGAUAAAGGAAUUUGCCCUGACUCCAUGUCGCCAGACUUGAAUUGCGACGCGUUGAGUAGAAGUGAGUGUGAUGGAAUGAACACGGCGAACUUGAUUGUAGAUUCUUCGCUGUCGCCUGACGAGGUCAGAGUUGGAUGCGACCUCAGGAACGGCAAUUUGAAAGCAGAAAUUAGGGCUUUACGGUUACGCCUAAAGUCUGUUGAGGAACUGAAAAACAGAGCCGAAAUGAAAGCCGUUGUGAUGCAGCAGCAACUGCAGCGCUAUGCGUCUGAUGAGAGCGCUGCUGAAGUGCUAAGGAUGGAAGAGCGUAUUGCUUCCGCCGCUAUCUGCCCGCCCACGCUGUGCUCUGGCACGCCUCAGGGCCUGCACUCGCUGCCGAACGAUGCUAUUCUUCCACCAAGUGUCUCAAUGAAUCACGCGGGACGUUUUUCAAGAUCACAAGCGUCUUCAAGCCACCACUUCUACCAUGGUGAGCAAUACUGUCUCAGUGACGACCUCCCAUGUUCAUUGCAGCACCUUUGUUCUCAGUCCGGCCUUCUUCACUCUUCUCUUGAAACGAGAAGUGGCACAACCGUUGCCCAACAGAAUACUCCCGCUUCUCCCUCUCAAACAUCUCAUCACAACGACCGACCGAACGAAACUAAACAAGCUGGAUCGUCACACUGUGGUCUCAGCAGCUGCAAUGCAGCACUCACUCAGAACGAGAACAGUGCACUUGAUUUAUCAUCGCUUCGGAGGCAGGAAGCAAUGCUUCGUGUGCAGUAUAAUCGCUCUGAAGCAAACGGUUCCCCUGAUCUCGACCCAUCCUCGGGCAGCCAACAAAUGAUUUUGCGUGCGUCUAUGGAACACUUCAGCCCUCCUCAAACGCCGUUAAGUAUUAUCCCAACGAACGCGAGCCUGUCGCAAGAGUUGUCAUCGACACCAAAACCUCUGGAAAACACCAACGCUUCAAAUGAAGAUGACUUCCUCGUAGCGCCCGCGAAUGUAGGACGAAGAAGCCGUCCCAGUCGCCAGCUAACGGCAGUGAUGCUCACGUCAGGCUGCAGUGAGCGCCAAACUGCUCAGUUGCGCUCAGCUCUGGCUCUGAGCGUGGAGCUGCGCUCUGCGCUCACCAGUGCGCUCACGCACAUCAAACAGAACUCUUCACCCGCGGCGUGGCGCGAGGCACCUUCAGGCAGUGCGUCCUCUUCAUGCCCCUCGCCAGACGCCACUCUAUCCUCUCAGCCUUCCUCUGCACUCCACUCUAGUGAAGAGAACUCUACACUGUCCUCACGUCAGUGAAGAGAACUCUACACUGUCCUCACGUCAGUGAAGAGAACUCUACACUGUCCUCACGUCAGUGAAGAUAACUCUACGCUGUCCUCACGUCAGUGAAGAGAACUCUACACUGUCCUCACGUCAGUGAAGAGAAUUCUACGCUGUACUCGCAUCAGUGAAGAAAACUCUACGCUGUCCUCACGCCAGUGAAGAGAACUCUGCACCUUGUUCACUCCUGUCACGCUACUUCUGCACCAUUCCCAAUCUAGUGUAGAAAAUUUUGCACUGUUCUCACUCCAGUGCCGAGAUUUCAACUGUUGUCCACUCCAGUGCAGAGACUUCAACUGUUGCCCACUUCAAGGCUGUUGAUCACCACGCAUGGCCAGAUUAUAGAUGAUUUACGUUUUCAACAAUAAUUAUAUUUUGCAACUGCAAUUUUUCCGCACAGUUAACGAAAUCGCAAAAAUGCUCAGAUUUAGUCUAGUUGCUCCUCCAGAUUUUGUUUUUCAACUUAGUGUCACAUGUAAGCCUGGAGUAGGAGUCAGCUCCGAUUGCACGUACCUAUUUUCUCUUCUCAUGAGAUUAGGUUCGUACUUAUAUCAGCCAGCUAAGCUAUUGCAGUUUGUUAUUUAUUACUGGGUUGACUUCUGUUUCAAAACGAUGGUUUUAUCAGCAAGACGAAGUUCUAAAAAUUCGAAUUUUAUUCCUGUUUACGCAACGUAUUUUAGACGUUCCAAAAAUUCUCUUACUUCAGUGUUUACUAUACGUAUCUUGGAUACGUGUUUCGGAUAUUUGAUGUGUGUCAACCUCACUGUUACCGGUACUCUUGUGAGAUGUCACGCUCAGACAAAGUGUGUCACGAAAAAGUGUGUCAUCUUCUCGUCACGCUCAGACGAAGUGUGUCACAAAAAAGUGUGUCAUCUUCUUGUCACGCUCAGACGAAGUGUGUCACUAAAAAGUGUGUCAUCUUCUCGUCACGCUCAGACGAAGAUCCGACAUUUGUGUUGCUGCUUCUAGUGGUUUAGGGCCUGACUGAUGCCUUCUUAGAGAAGAGAGUGAAGCUUUGUCCAAGUAUCGAUGUAUUUUUUGCCCUUUGUUGAAGUCACCCUGACUUAGAUUGGUACGGUACAGAAAAAGUGCUACAUCCACUAUCUGUUCGUGCUGUUAGUAAGAAAGUGAGUCACCAUUUUUAUUACUUAAAUUUUUAUUACUAUUUUUAUUAUUUAAUUUAUUUUUAUGCUAAAAUGACUACCCUUAUGCAACUGAGGCAUGUGGUCGGCCAUGACCGUUGGGCGCUCGUAUAAGUCACGCAUAUUUGUCUUUGUUUUGAAGUUAUUUAAUGGCAGCUUGGUUGGUAAUUUCGGGUUACGGUGUAUUUAUUCCUAAUGUUCUUAUGUUAUGUGAUUUCUUUGUUUCUAUAGUAUUUUGAAUAUUGAUUAUUUAAUAUUGAU